CUUCUUAAUUUUAUACUAAGCUUUAUCAAUAUGUAUAUCUUCAUGGAUUAUAUAUAGUUUAUGUACUGCGCUGGCAUGGCUGUUGUUUCAAUUAAUUGUCUCUGCCAGUUGAUGAUCAGAGAGGGAUUUAUUAACCAUGAGGAUAUCCUAUCAUUGAAUAGUUUUAUUUAAUGGAAUGUUCAUUGUUAUAUGGUUAAGGCAGAAGUGAGCAGUAUGGACUGCGAGCUCAUAAAGAUGAGUGAACAAGAGAAGGAUCUGAUCAACAGGAUGUACAGAAUGGUUGGAGAUAGGUGGCAUUUGAUAGCAGGUCGGAUACCGGGUCGUAAAGCAGAAGAAAUAGAGAGAUUCUGGAUAAUAACACAUACCGAGUCGUUUGCCCAGAAUAGAGAAGAGAAUGGAGCAAAGAAUUGAUAGACUGCCAUUUAAUUCAUCUCCAAAAGUGCAGCGAAUUUUGUGCUCUUUCACUUUUGGUUUAGAAAUUUUUAUUCAUUAAUUUCCUUAUUUAGUACACUGGCAUUUCUGUUUAA